UCUCCGUACCUGGUGGUAGUCCUGCUUGAAAAAAGUGACAUGUGGCUGCUUGGUUACCAGUUUUUACUGCUUUGUUUAACAUCCAUUCAUGCUGAUACCAAUUACCUGCAAGAGAAUGUCGCAAUCAAGGGAAAAGCUGAACAGUCAUCUACAUUUUACUUCCAUGCAAAUAUUGCCAUUGAUAAUGGUGGCACGUCCUGCACCCACACCAAUACAGAGACCAACCCAUGGUGGAGACUUGAUCUGUUGAAUUCAUCCACCAUAAGACGAGUGGUCAUCACUAACAGAGUGGACUGCUGCCCUGAGCAAAUCGAUGGAGCAGAAAUUCUCAUUGGGAACUCUCUGGACAACAACGGCAACAACAAUCCUAGAUGUGCUGUGAUUUCUGGUAUUCCAGCUGGUAAAUCUGUCUCAUACUCAUGUGGUGGAAUGGAGGGGCGUUACAUGAAUGUCUUUAUUCCUGGAGAUUCAAAGAGUCUCACUCUGUGUGAAGUGAAAGUUUUUAGAACAGAUAAUGUAUCAUUAACUGGAAAUGCUGAUCAAUCAUCCAUAUUUAAAUACUGGGGGCCUCAACGUGCUGUCGAUGGAAUAAAAUUUGCCCCAGGUGCAGCCUCAUUUUGUACCCAUUCAAGUGGGGACAGGAAUCCAUGGUGGAGGUUGGAUCUUUUGGGUAUUUAUUUUGUCAGCACCGUGGUCAUCACUAACAGAGCAGACUGCUGUCCUGAACGAAUCAAUGGAGCGGAGAUUCGCAUUGGAAACUCCCUGGAGAACAACGGCAACAACAAUUCCAGAUGUGCUGUAAUUGAUAGUAUUCCAUUAGGCAAAUCCUACAACUACUCAUGUGGUGGAAUGGAGGGACGAUAUGUGAAUGUGGUGAUUCCUGGAGACAGGAAGUAUCUCACUCUGUGUGAGGUGGAAGUCUAUCCCAUUUUAGAUGUAAAGAAAACCUUUGUGAGGAUGAAACUUCAGUCCAGUUUUGAUUUAGCUGGUCCAAUGAAUGACAGACUUCUCUAUCAGCUGCAGUCUGUUCUGGCAUCAAGAGGGAUCAGCAAUGUCAGACUGUCCUGGACACAUCUUCCUCAACAACACGUGGAAGAGAAAGAUGCAGGGAAAGACGAGUUUGAGGCUGUGAUUCUGGCUAGCUAG